AUGGCAUCAACAAAACCUUCGAUUUCUGAUGGUUUAAGAAUGACUCAAAAUAUUCAUGCAUUUUUACGUAUAAGCAUAUUAAAUUUUCAAAUUAAUAAUAAUCAACAUAUUCAUUUAAGUGAUGUUAAAACACAAAUUGAACUCAAAGAAAAACAUCGAUCAUUAGAUGAUAAUAUUGAAAGACCAGCACGAGUUAAAUUUCCAAUGUAUAGUGAAAAAGAGCAAUGUAUACAAUUUGAUGCUGGUAUAUUAAAUAAAAUAAAACGACGGAUUGUUAUUCGAGUUCAUGCAAAUAAUGUGAUUUAUACAUAUGAAUCAGAUUUAGAUGUAUUAAAAAAAUUAUCUGAUGGACAUCGUCAUCGAUUCUUUUUCAUACCUAGAGCUCAAGCUGAGAUGAUUAUUAAAUAUAAAGAUCCAUCAGGACGAACGGUUUAUAAUAUAAAUUCUAAUCAAGCAGAUAGCCGUUAUGCUGAACGAAGACAACAUGUUCAUAGACAUUUUGGUCAUGAAUUUGUUCCAAAAAUAUUCAAAUUACCAACAUAUUGUUCUGUAUGUUCAAAAUUACUUUGGGGAUUUACUUAUCAAGGUUUUACAUGUCAACGUUGUGAUUGUGUUGCACAUAACGAAUGUUAUAGUCAAUAUAGCUGUCCAUGUAAAGGAAAAAAAUAUCCUGAAUUAAAAAUGGAUGAACCACAUCAUUUUGAACAACAAUCAUUUUCUUUAAAACCUGUUUUUUGUCAUCAUUGUGGAAGUUUUAUUCGACCUGGUCAUGUACAGAAAUGUUCAUAUUGUGCAUUUACUGUUCAUCGUCGUUGUGCAUCGAAAGUAGGAAAUUAUUGUGGAUGUGAAGAAGAUGUUUUAGCUAUAUAUGAAAAAUGGAGAGAUACGAGAAAUUAUCAAGCUGAUAAUGAUUAUUUAUAUAAUGAAGAUUUAUAUACAAUUUAUUCAAAUCUUGAUAAUACUGAUCAAGUAGGAGAUGCACAAAGUGCUAUUGAUCGUAUAUCAAAACGCUAUCGACCGAAUAUAACUUCAGGAUUUGAUAUAAGUCAUUUUCGAUUAAUACGUUCAUUAGGCCAAGGAAUGAAUGGAUCAGUUUAUCUCGUACAAUAUGGACGAAAUUAUUAUGCAAUGAAAGUUCUUCGUAAAAAUCUUGUAUUAGAAGGUCAAGAUUUAGCAUAUGUUAUGUUAGAAAGAGAUAUUUUGAUACAAAGUCAAUCAAAUCCAUUUAUAAUUCAACUUAUGUAUGCAUUUCAAAAUGCUGAAAGACUUUUUUUUAUAAUGGAAGUAGCUAAAGGCGGUAAUUUUUAUCGUCUACUUAUUAAACAAGCACCAAGACCAUUUCGCUAUGAACGUAUUGUCUUUCAUACAGGUGAAGUAGCAUGUGCACUUCAAUUUCUUCAUUCAAAACGAAUUGUUUAUCGUGAUCUUAAACCAGAAAAUGUUCUUGUUUUUGAAGAUGGUCAUGUUAAAUUAGGUGAUUUUGGUUUAUGUAAAAAAGAUAUUGAUCAAUAUCCUAAAGCUGUAACAUUUUGUGGUACACAAGAAUAUAUUGCAUAUGAAAUCUAUAGACAUUGUGAAUAUGAUGAAAAUGUUGACUGGUGGUCAUUAGGUGUAUUUAUAUUUGAAUUAUUUACAUUUGUUACACCAUUCUAUGAUGAAGAUGAUUUUCAAAUAGAAGAAAAUGUUCUACAUAAAGAAGUAUAUUAUCCUGAAACAAUGCCAAUAGAAGCGAAAAAAAUUAUAUCUGGUUUACUUGAACGUGAUCCAAAGAAUCGUUUAGGAAAUAAACUUUCCCCACAUGGAUUACUAAGUCAACAAUCAUUCUUCGAAUCACCAUACACAUUAGAUGAUAUUGAAAAUCGACGAAUACCUCCACCAUGGACUCCAAGUUCAUUAACAUCAUUUGAUCCAAGUGGUGAUGAACUACGUCUAUCUGACUUUGAACAAAAAGAUAAAGUAUUACUUGCAUCAAUUCCGGAAAAAACAUUUGCCGGUUUUUCUUAUGUUAGUGCGAAGAGUGUAACACGUUUUUAA